AUGAGUCAUAAUAAUGCUGUCUGGAGCAGCGCCAUGGCAGCUGGAGCAGUGAAAGAGGAGAAGCUCGAAGUGGGGCCGCCACCUUAUCGUGAGGCCACCCCCAUGGCGCUCGUUCCUCGAAGGAUUUUGCCUGCGCCUGCUGCUAUGACUGGAACUGGUACCACCUGUGGUUUCCUCCAAUCGGGAGGUCAUGCACCGAGUGCCAGUGCCUCUCCCAAUGGCCGUGGCGGCAUAAUUGUUGACAACCGGAUGUUGCUGGGAAGAACAACUGCUUCUGCGUCUGCUGCGUUAGCUGCUGCUGCUGCUGCUGCUGCUGCUGCUGCUGCUGCUCCUGCUUCUGCUGCUUCUGUUGCUGUUACUGAUGCUCCGGCUACUGCUGCUGCUGCUGCCCGCGCUGGACUCUGCAGUCUUCAAGGUGCUGCGGCAGCACUACUUUCCAGCGAGAACAGUGGCAGAGGUGGUGGCAAGAGUGGGAGAGGCGGCGGCAAGAUUGGCAGAGGCGGCGACAAGACUGGCAGAGGCAGCGACAAGGGUAGCCGAGGCGGUGACAAAUCCUGUGGUCUUCUAAACCCCACGGCAUCGCAGCCUUCGGGGAUGCAGCUUGUGCCCAUGCAGCAUCAUCCAGUAAACACUGGUCUUGCCGCUUCAGCUGGCAUUCAGGUUGCUGCUACAGCCGGCACUGAGUGUGCCACUGCAGCCAGCAUUGUGCAGGCUCUUCUCCUCUCUGGAAGUCCAUGCAGCAGGGCAGACUUACUGCCAGGGGUGUUGCUGCCAGGAGAGCCUCUCUGGCCAGCUGUGUCUCCCUCUGGGGCUCCUGUGCUGCACUCUCUGCCUCUGGAUUCUGCAGGAUCUACCACCUCUGCACCAUAUAGCACUGCUGGAGCCAUAGAAAUUUCUUCUGCUUAUGCUGCUGCUUCUGCUGCUGCUGCUGCUGCUUCUGUUGCUGGUACUGCUGCCUCGCCUGCUGCGUGUACGGUUCGGCCCGUUUUCCUGCCGUCCACUCUGACGCUGCUGUCGGACGUGCCAAGGGGAGCAGCAGCGUUGGAUGCAGCUGUACUGGAGGCUAUUGCAACAGCUUCUGAUGCUGGUGAAGCAGCUGGAAUGGGGUCGGCUGCAGUCAAUAACAAUGCCAAGGCUGCUGCCUCUGCUAAUGUCGCCAGGGCUGCAAAUAAGGCGGCAGCGGCAGCAGGAGCAGCAGCAGCAGCAGCAGCAGCAGCUGACGCAGCAGGAGCAGCAGGAGCAGCAGCAGCGGCGGCAGACGCAGCAGGAGCUUACACCAUCGCUGCUGUCCCUGCUGGGGCCAUUGGUGUCACCCCUGAGUCAGCAGCGGCGUUUGCAGAUCCUGAAAUGGGAGCUGAGUUGGGCACAGACGAGCAGGAUGCCAAGCAAAGUAUGGCGUCACUAUCAGGGCGGGAUAGUGCUGAAGAGAUUGCAGAGCACAUGGGUGGCGUAGCAGCAGAUUCAGAAGGAACGGAAUGCGUUGCAGCAGCAGCAGCAGCAGCAGCAGAGGCUACGGAGUGGAUGAAUCUAAUGCAAGUCAUGGAUGUGGAUAGCUCGCCUGCUGGGGCGCCACAUAUCCAUCAUGGCCACUCCAGCAACCCUUUCCAUAACCCUCUCUGUAGCCUUCCCAGCACAUCUUUCAGCAAUCCUCUCAGCUCCGGCCCCAGCAACCAGACAGGAAUGGAGAGUCUUGGAGGGGCACUAGGGGUUUUGGAAGAAAUUCCGUUCAACGUCUCAGGAUUUUCUGGUGAUUUUGCUGGACACACCAACAACAGCGCAUCAGAUUUUUCGCUCCUGCCCUGGGAGUUUCAGCUCUGGGACUCAACAGAAGCACUGCUUGUGAAUGGCGCCCCUAACCUUGGCACUCCUGCUGGUGCAGCUGCUCCUGCUGCUGCCGCUGCUGCUGCUGCUGCUGAUGCUGCUGAUGCUGCUGCUGAUGCUGCUGCUGAUGCUGCUGAUGCUCUUGCUCUUGCUGCUGCCCCUGCUGCUGCUGUGUGUGCUGGUAUUAUUGUUGCAGAGACCCACUCGCUUGCAGCUGUUGUAGCACAAGAGCAUAUUCACGCUGAUUCACCUGCCAAUGCCACUCUCCAACCAUCUGCACCUGAAGCAGUGCCAGCUUCAGGCAUGCCCCUUUGCAAACUCCUUGCAAGCUUCAGCGCUGCCAUGGAGCACAACCGGCAGAUUCUGGAGCGGCAUCAACAGCGCCUGCUGAACCACACCCGGGAGUCUGGUCACUGGGAAGAUGGCCGGCCGGUCAACUUCAAGAGGAGUCGCGAGGGAGAAAAUGGGUUUCGCUACAUGGAGCGUGAUAAGGAGCAUGUAUCGAGUAUGCAAUCAUGGUGCAUGCAUGGAUCUGAGGCCGAGAGCCACAAAAAGGCCGGAGAGAGCGUUGCAGCUGGUGGGGCUGAUGCUGCUGUGCUCAGACAAGCAAGUCAAUGCUCCGGAGUUACCAACGGGGAUCAGUCCAUGGUUGGACUCUUCGGUAGGGCAUCAGGGACCACUCCUGAAGGCUCGCAUCCUGAGUAA